GACUAGGACCCCGUCGCGCUCGCGUCCCUCUGGUCCUUGAGUCGGCCGGGACGGCGGAGCUAUGGCUUUGAGGCUGCUGAGACUUGUCCCAGCGUCGGCGUCCGCGUGCGGCCUCGCGGCCGGAGCCCAGCGCGUGGAACAGAUUCACACCAGUGUGCAGUGCCAGCUGAAGUAUGGGCAUUUGGCCUACAUUCUUGGUGAUAAGGUAUCCAAAAAAUUCAAUGACUACAGCCGAGUGAUAACGGUAGACGGGAACCUAUGCUCUGGGAAAAGCAAGCUCGCAAAGGAUAUCGCAGAGACCCUAGGCAUGAAGCACUUUCCAGAAGCAGGGAUACAGUACUCGAGCAGCACCACAGGUGACGGAAGGCCCCUGGACACGGAAUUCAGUGGCAGCUGUAGCUUAGAGAAAUUUUAUGAUGACCCGAAGAGCAACGACGGCAACAGCUACCGCCUGCAGUCCUGGCUGUACGCCAGCCGCCUCCUGCAGUACUCAGACGCCCUGGAGCACCUCCUGAGCACAGGACAAGGUGUGGUCUUGGAGCGCUCCAUCUUCAGUGACUUUGUUUUCCUGGAGGCAAUGUACAACCAGGGCUUCAUCCGAAAGGAGUGUGUGGACCACUACAAGGAAGUGAAACGGCUCACUCUCCCAGAGUACCUGCCACCCCACGUAGUCAUCUAUGUCGAUGUGCCUGUGCCAGAGAUACAGAGCCGGAUCCAGAAGAGAGAAAAUCCACAUGAAAUGAAGAUCACCGCUGCCUAUCUCCAGGACAUCGAGAAUGCCUACAAGAACACCUUCCUCCCAGAGAUGAGUGAGCAGUGUGAAGUUUUGGUGUACAGUACCUGGGAAUCUGAAAACUCAAUCAAGGUGGUAGAGGACAUUGAAUACCUUAAGUACAACAAAGGGCCUUGGCUUAAACAGAGUGACGUUUCCUUUCACCACCUGCGCUUGCGGGUUCAGGAUAAGACUGAAGUGCUGAAUUUCACUACCGUUCCUAUCUAUCUCCCAGAAAUCACGAUUGGAGCUCACCAGGGUACCCGAAUCCAAAACAGCUUCAGAGCGCUGCCAGGCCGGAAGUACAAGCCUGGGUACAACGCCGAGGUGGGCGACAAGUGGAUCUGGCUGAAGUGAAUGGUCCCUCUGCCUAGCUGUGUCACCGCCGUGCAGAUGUGGCUCUGCCCAACUCUGAAUUCCAGAGCUUUGCAAGACAGCAGGAAGAAAGCAGGAUCAAGAAAUUGCCCGAAGAAAUGGUUUAACAAAAACAGUCUGCCCUGUGCCUAGUCAGUUGAUUGAAAGAUUCAACUUCCACAGAAAAGAUUCUGGAACCUUUCAGUUUUAUUUUAGAAUCAUCUGAGAAAAACAAAACAAACAAAGCUGGUCUGCUGUGAAAGAGCAGCUUCCACUAGACGUCCCAUGUCCCUGUGCUGUGUCCUUCCGUCCUCUCAACUUCAAGAAAUAAAGCUGGCUCUGUA